AUGUUGGGAGCGCAACAUGUGAAAGACUUGACGAAUCGCGCUCAACGCGGCAUUAUUCCUCGCGCGUGUGAAGCCCUCUUUCAAAAAUUGUGUACGAAAGCUGCUGAGAAAGGCGACAGCUUCAAAUAUGAAGUUUGGUGCAAGUUUGUGGAGCUUUACAAUGAGGAAUUUUUUGAUCUAUUAGACAAUUCACAGACAAAAGUGACCCUUCGCAGCAAUGAGACUACCGUGCAGAUUCUCGGAGCAACAGAACAUGUAGUUAAAUCCAGCAUGGAAAUGAUGAAGAUUGUGCAACUUGGCCGGAACGCACGAAGAACGGCGGAAACAGCGAUGAAUCGUCAAUCAUCCCGUUCGCAUGCGAUUUUCAUAGUAGAAAUAAAAACCGAAGAAGUAUUAAAUAACAUCGUAAAUAAAAGAACAGCCACCUUGAAUCUUGUGGAUUUGGCUGGUUCAGAGCGUCAGAGUCAGGCGAAGACUAGCGGGACGCGUCUUCGAGAAGCAACCAAAAUUGAUUUGUCUUUAAGUCAUCUCGGCAGAGUGAUACGAACGUUAGCCAAGGCUAAACAAGAGAAGAGGGAACAGCCGCACAGUGGUGAUCGUGAAUCUUCACCCUGA